GUCUUGUCAAUAGUUGGGUGUAAGUGUUCCCCCUGGUGUUAAUAUCGGGUACUGCAUCUAAAGGAUCAGAUUUCCUGUUGCUACGCGAUGCGCUUGCUUUCUGACCAACCUGAAACAAGCCGUUGCCAUGUUCUUCACCUGAAAACGAAAUCGCUAAAAACCUAGAGAUGGAACUAACAUUUUACAAAUUGGUAUGGUUCAAGAAGUCUUCAGUAAAGCAUUGAAAACUGGAGUCACGCCUUGAGUCUUACUUUGUUCGCUAUCUGUCAAACAACACCCCAGACGUGUUGCGAGGACAGAAUAGUAAAAUGUUAACCACUCAGCUGGGAUAAGCGGUCGAAUGACGGUGAAAAGCACACAGAAGCAUCCAAGAUGGGCCAGGCCGGUACAGAGGAGCGCCAGUCUCAGUUCAGGACAACAUCCCGAACUUCGGCGUCACACAAGUCCUCCAGAUCGUCAACCUGGACAUCUGCCAGCAUCGCUGCAACGAGAGCCAGAGCUAAGGCUGAAGCAGCAAAAGCCAAGCUAUCCUUUGCAGAGAAAGAGGCAGCAAUAAUGAGAGGAAUUGCUGAAAUAGAUGCUCGUCUUCAUGUGUUACAGCAAGAGAAAGCAGCAGCUGCAGCAUCAACUGAGGCAGCCAUCUACAGAGUGUGUGGCAGCAGCAAGCAUACCUCAGCAAUGCAUCCAGGUCCAGUGGCGUGGUCAUCCUUUAGGCACACUGGACACUCACCUGGGAAAGACCAGAGCGGGGAGCAAGGAAGAGAGCAAAGCGGGGAGAUUGGUGUUGAAGCACUGCCUGUUGUCACUUCCAAGUCUACAGAGAUAGGUGGCGACAGCGAAAGGGCACACAAGCGAUGCAGCGCGUCUUCUUGGAGCAGCAGCUGCAAUUCCUGCAACAGCCCUGGCUCCUCCUCCUGUGCCACGGUGUCACCAGCCAGCUCCUGCGCCACGGUGUCACCAGCCAGCCCCUCCUCCUUAGUCACGGUGUCAUCUGCCAGCUCCCGCGCCAGAGUGUCAUCAGCCAGCCCCUCCUCCUACGCCACGGUGUCACCAGCCAGCUCCUGCGCCACGGUGUCAUCAGCCAGCCCCUCCUCCUUCGUCACGGUGUCACCUGCCAGCUCCUCCUACGCCACGGUGUCAUCAGCCAGCCCCUCCUCCUUCGUCACGGUGUCACCUGCCAGCUUCUGCGCCACGGUGUCAUCAGCCAGCCCCUCCUCCUGCAUGACGGUGUCACCUGCCAGCUCCUGUGCUACGGUGUCAUCAGCCAGCCCCUCCUCCUGCAUGACGGUGUCACCUGCCAGCUCCUGUGCUACGGUGUCAUCAGCCACCCCUCCUCCUGCAUGA